AUGUGGUUCGCCUCGCACUCGGCGCAGCCUUCGCCCGCGCCCUCGCCCUCGCCCGCCCGCUCCUACUCGCCUGCCCCUAAUCGCCGCCCGUACCUGACCCCGCUGCCCCAGCGCUCCGGAGUCAACCCGCGCUCCUCGUCGCUGUCGCUGCUGUCGCCCACCUCGUCCACCUCGAGCCUCCCUAACCAGGGCCGCCUCCCCAAUGGCUCUGGCCUGCGCGUGCAGAUCAACAGCUCGCCGCCCGCCGACGUUCCCGAUCCGCAAAAGGUGCUCGAGGACAUCCUAGGAGGGCCGCCGAAACGCCAGCUCCCCGAGCAGAAUGACGAGUCGGCUGGAGCUGCGGUGGAACGUCCAUCGGAAAUCGCAGAGAACAUUGAUUUUGGUGGUUUGAGCCUAGCUGCGUUUGCAAAUGCAGAAUGCGAACCGCCACGGCAACCCACUGGUGUGCAAGCCCGCAGCGCCGAAUCCGUCGAGGAAUACACGCAGGCCAGUGACAAGUUUGAGGACCUGCAUCGCUCUGUGACGGCCUGUGAUGAAGUGCUCAAGUCGGUCGAAACUUACCUCACAGGGUUCCAGGCUGACCUGGGUGCCGUGUCCGCGGAAAUCGAAACGUUGCAAAACCGCUCGCUCAGCCUCACCACGAAACUAGAAAACCGGAAAGUGGUGGAGAAGCUAUUGGGCCCCGCAGUUGAGGAGAACAGCAUAUCCCCCGCCGUUGUCCGACGCAUAGCGGAAGGGCCGGUGGAUGAAAGCUUCUCAAAGGCCCUGCAGGAGCUCGAGAAGCGAUCAAAGGUUGUCAAUGCUAAGUCGAAUGACGAUAGUAAGAUCAAGGCACUCAAUGAUCUAAAACCACUUCUUGUAGACUUGACGAACAAGGCUGUCGAGCGCGUCCGUGACUAUAUAGUUGCGCAGAUCAAAGCGCUCAGAUCGCCGAGCAUCAACGCGCAGAUCAUUCAGCAGCAAGGCUUCCUGAAAUACAAGGACCUCUAUGCCUUUCUGGCUCGCCAUCAGAAGAAGCUUGCCGACGAGCUCUGCCAGGCGUAUGUCAAUACGAUGCGUUGGUAUUAUCUCAACCACUUUACGCGCUACCACGAAGCUCUUCAGAAAGUCAAGCUACAUGUAAUUGAUCAGCACGAUGCCAUGGGCUCAGAGAACCAAAGGCGUGGUGCCAUGUUGAGCAGCGCGAAAGUUCCCACAACCCCACACGACGCCUUUUCCAUUGGCAGGCGGCUCGAUCUGCUCAGAGGGUCACACCACAACGCUCUGACGUUACACGUUCUCGAAGAAGACAAAGCAACGCAUUAUCUGGAACUACCAUUCCAUACCUUCAACAUCGCACUUAUUGACAAUGCAGCGUUUGAGUACACUUUCCUAACAUCCUACUUCUCUCCGUCCCAAUCCUAUCAUGAAAUUGGUCGUACGUUUGCUCAAAUAUUUGAGCCGACCUUCGCUCUUGGCCGGCAACUCACAAAGUCACUGAUCGACACGUCGAUGGAUGCCCUGGGCAUUCUGCUGAGCGUGCGUCUGAACCAACACUUUGCUUUUGAGAUGCAACGCCGCAAGGUGCCUGCCGCUGAAGGCUACAUCAACGGCACCAACAUGCUACUCUGGCCACGCUUCCAGCAAGUCAUGGAUACUCAUUGCAAGUCCAUACAGGCACUGACAGCAUCAUUGCCUGGUCGCCCGGCAGCGUCCACUAGCAUACUGGCGUCUUCAUCUACAUCCGCCUCUGACGCUCAAAGCACGGCGCCGGUCGCCUUGACACAACGCUUCGCCAACUUCCUUCAUGGCGUUUUGGCACUGAGUUCUGAGGCGGCAGAUGACGAGCCUGUUUCGAACAGUUUGUGGCGCCUGCGUAUUGAGUAUGAGGCGUACCUGCAGAAGCGGAGCAAGGGAAUUGCAGAACAGCGAAAGAAAGAGCGCUUCCUGUUCAACAAUUACAGUCUGGUCGGCACGAUUUUGGAGGGUACGGGUGGAAGAUUAGCAGAGGAGAUGCGGACGUAUUUUGUCGAGCUUCGGGAUCAGCAUAAAGAAGGCGCCUGA